GUCAGCACUUCUAUUUUAGCAUGUCUCAAGAAAACAGUGUUGUGCCAGAAGACAUUUUGUUCCCACAGUUUACGUACGUCAGAGACCUACUAAGAACAAGUGAGAACUUGUCUAGUUUUGUUGAUGGUCUGGCUGUGGAAGGGACAGUAAUUGAUGAACUGCUAAAAAGCGACAUAAUCGACAACGAUGAACUCCGGUCUGCCGCUCCUGCGGACUUACAAUCAGAAAACAGGAUGCAACAAGCGGAAUUUCUUCUAGAAAAGAUAAGCGCUUGCAGAGAAGUACCUAUAGCCAAAUUCCUCUUCUUUCUUUCAGAGCGAAAGCCGGGAAUCAUCAACAUCUUAGAAGAAGGACUGCUGGAACAAGUCCAACAAGUCAUGGAGACUGACCGGAAAGAUGAAAAAGCUACGCCAAUAUCAUCAGAGUCGAAAUUCGAGAAGGGGCAUUCGAAUUUGUUUACAAAAUCCAAAGAAACGCAGCAUGCAAUCACCAUUCUAUGUGUGGGCAAAAGUGGAACAGGAAAGUCAACACUUGCAAAUGCUCUAGCUGGGAAGCUGGCCACUGAUGCAGAAAGUGCUCGAACGGGACGAGGAAGUUACACUGUGAAAUCGAAGACAGAAAAGAUUGAAUGCCUUACCAACGAAAUUCCGUUUAGUUUCUGGGACACCCCUGGACCGACCAACACAAAAGACCGCAAGACCUUUCGAGAAAUCAAAAAGGAAGUCAAGAAAGAUGAAGGUGCUGUCAAUCUGCUCGUCUUUUGUGCUCCAGCACACGAAGGACGAGACACUCCAGAAAAUGGUAUCAUCAUUGAGAACGUGACCAAAGAAUUUGUUGUGAAUCCCGAUAAUGACAAGACAACAGCUGCAUAUUUUCACAAACACUGUAUUACCGAGAUGACAAGGAGGUACCGGAAAUUUCUCACCCAGACAGUUGGCAUCACUCCACAACAGGCAGAAACGGUUCCUUGCGUGCCCAUAGGAAGACGAGCAGAAGACUACCUCUCUGAUGGCACCAAUUGGAAGGAAAGGUUCUGGAUGACUUGUGUAGCCAGAGCCUCUAAAGAUAGAGGAAUUCUCUAGUCUUUUUACUUGUUGUACUCAUUAUUGGGAUUGAUAGCACGGUAAGAGUGAAAGGCCUGGCUAAUAAUUCACUAUAUGGGAAUGUAUGCUGUUCCUAUUGGUAAUUAAUUAUCAACGUAGAAAUUGCAUAUUAAUUACUCUAUGUAUAGUGGACCAGGCCUAUACUAGAUCAGGAUUAUUGGACCAAUAGUAGUUAUUUGAGUGAUGUUGGAAGAUGUAAACAGAUGAUUAG